AUGCUAGAUAGUAGAGUCUCCUGUAUCUUCAUUGAUAACAACCCAGAUGUUGUAGAGCAGUGGAAAAUUGUUUAUGAUCUUGCCACAAAAUUCUUCCAAUCAUGUACCAGUGCUAGCAUACAUCUAAAUGGAACGUUUGUUGAAACUACAAUAGAGAGUCUCCUUUCGUCUCAGGCCCUGUGUAAGGGAGAAACAGCCAUAUUAACUCCCACCAAUUCUGCGGCAUAUAUGGGAGCUGGUUUCGAUCGCUAUUUGCUAGAAGCGUUACUCAUGACUGUAAACUCGCCUAGAAUAGACUAUAAAACCUUGGAAAGGCUAAUCCAGGAGUAUACUCUUGAAAAAUACAAUGGCUACUUGCCGAUUAGUACCGUUAAUGAGAUUAAAUUACCCCAAUUGGCGUAUCCAUACCACGAAUCAUUGGCCAGAAUGAAUUGGAAUUUAACUACGGUAUUAGCAAUCCCUUCAAUGGUAGUUCCUGAAAUGCUCUCUGAGAAAGAGGCAAAGCUGGUGAUUGUUAAUUCCAUAUGGAAUCUUUUUUUGUACUUGGAAAAUUCAUCACCUAAGAAUUUAAUAAUUCCUGGUAUAGCUACGGGUUAUGGAAAAUUGGAUCCCAGGAUUGCAGCAAAGUUGAUGCUUUCUACUGCCAUAAUAUACAGUUCCGAUUUUACUGGGCGUGAUAAGCGUUAUAGUUUCUUGAAGAAGACAGUUUUACUUAUGUUUCUAUUGAACAAAAAUUACAAAAACUUCGAAAAUGUUUACGAUAUUAAUGAACUCGAGUCUCAUGUACUCUCUGAUUUGGGCAUUAUUUCUGCUAGAUCUCUAUGCGAGACUAGCUCCCACAUCUAUGAUAUUGACGAAUUAUUCACUUUUGUUAGAUAA